GCGUUUGUGUCCAAGAUGACGGCGAACAGCAGGUUGAAAAGCCGCCCGCCGCGACCAGAUGAUGGAGAGGAGAAGGAGUACGUUGGAUUUGCGACCCUCCCGAACCAGCUGCACAGAAAAUCAGUAAAAAAAGGAUUUGACUUCACCCUUAUGGUGGCAGGUGAGUGUGGUCUGGGAAAGUCAACCUUGGUGAACAGCUUGUUCCUCACGGAUCUUCACAAAGACAGAAAGCUGCUCAAUGCAGAAGAGCGCAUCAUUCAGACGGUGGAGAUCACGAAGCACACAGUGGACAUUGAGGAGAAAGGCGUGAAGCUGAAACUGACCAUUGUAGACACUCCCGGCUUUGGAGACGCCGUCAACAACACUGAGUGCUGGCGGACAGUGACGGACUACAUCAAUCAGCAGUUUGAACAGUACUUCAGAGAUGAGAGUGGACUCAACAGGAAGAACAUACAGGACAACAGAGUGCACUGCUGCCUCUACUUUAUACCUCCAUUUGGACAUGGGCUUCGUCCAAUCGACAUAGAGUUCAUGAAGACCCUUCAGGAUAAGGUUAACGUGAUUCCACUUAUUGCCAAGGCAGAUUGUCUCACACCCAGUGAGAUAAAGAAACUCAAGGACAGGCUGAGGGAGGAAAUCGAUAAGUACGGGAUAAAGAUCUAUCAGUUCCCUGAGUGCGACUCUGAUGAGGAUGAGGAGUUCAGGCAGCAGGAUAAACAGCUGAAGGACAGCACCCCGUUUGCAGUGAUUGGCAGCAACACGGUGAUUGAGGCCAGAAGUCAGAGAGUGAGAGGGAGGCUCUACCCUUGGGGCAUCGUGGAGGUGGAGAACCCGUCCCACUGUGACUUUGUGAAGCUGAGGACCAUGUUGAUAAGAACUCACAUGCAUGACCUGAAGGACAUCACCAGUGACUGCCAUUACGAGAACUACAGAGCUCAGUGCAUCCAGAUCAUGACCAGUAAAAUGAACGCAGGUAAACGAGUCGAGAGCCCCAUUCCAAUCCUGCCGCUGCCCACAGCAGAUGUGGAGACGGAGAAGCUCAUCAAAAAGAAAGACGAAGAACUGAAAAGGAUUCAGCAGAUGCUUCAGAAGAUGCAGCAGCAAAUGCACGAACAAGACCUGUGACCUCUCACCUCUGACAUCUGUUUUUUUAUCAGGAAAAUCAAAUGUGGUACAGGAACACACAUUCCCAAACACGG